AGUCCAGGAACAUUUCAGUGUUCAUAUUCCAAGCCCAAAUGUGCUGCCCUUCUCAGAAACAGGGCAGUGGAAAAAGAUGAAAAUGCUUCUACGUUUGGCUCGGACAUCCGUCGCCGCCGUGCGCCACUUCUCGGCGGAAGCAACGGCGGUGGAGGCAGCGACGAAGCCCACGGCUGCAGGAGGCGGCAGCGGAAGUCACACGGCCACGAGUAAGGGCGGCAGGGACACUCUGGGGAGGAGGCUUCUAAGUCUCGUGUACGCUAAGCGUAGCGCAGUCAUCACUAUACGGAAGUGGAAGGAGGAGGGCCACGCCGUCCGGAAAUACGAGCUCAACCGCGUAGUAAGGGAGCUCCGGAAGCUCCGGCGAUACAAACACGCCCUCGAGGUUUGUGAGUGGAUGAGGAUACAAGAUGAUAUCCACCUUUUAUCGGGGGAUUAUGCUGUGCAUUUGGAUUUGAUUGCAAAAGUUCGAGGAAUGAAUAGCGCUGAGAAAUUUUUCGAGGAUAUUCCCGAUAAAAUGAAGGACCAUGCUACGUGUAGUGCCCUUCUCCACUGCUAUGUCCAGGAGCAAGACUGUGUUAAAGCCGAGGCUCUGAUGGAAAAAAUGUCCGAAUGUGAUUUUGUGAAGCAUCCACUUCCUUACAACCACAUGCUCUCUCUAUACAUAUCAACUGGGCAAUUAGAGAAGAUUCCGGCUAUGAUUCAAGAAUUAAAGAAGAAUACUUCGCCAGAUCUUGUAUCAUACAAUCUUUGGUUGGCUGUAUGUGCAUCGUUGAAUGAUGUUGAAACCGCAGAAAAGAUCUUCCUUGAGCUAAAGAAGGCGAAAAUAGAUCCAGACUGGGUAACAUUUAGCACAUUGACGAGUAUCUAUAUUAGAAGCUCACAGAAUGAAAAAGCAGCAUCGACUUUAAGAGAUAUGGAGAAAAGGGUUUUUAAAAGGACUCGAGUUGCUUUUCCCUCUCUCAUUAGUUUGUAUGCUAGCUUGAAAAACAAAAGCGAGGUUUACCGUGUGUGGAAAAAGACAAAAUCUAUUUUCCACAAGUUAAAUGACUCGGAAUACUCCUGCAUGAUAUCUUCCUUACUGAAACUUGACGAAUUUGAAGAAGCACUGAAGACAUAUACUGAAUGGGAGUCUGUUUCUGUGACUAAGGACACCCGAAUUUCGAAUUUAAUUCUUGCAGCAUAUGUUAACAAAAAUCAGUUGGGCAUGGCAGAGGAUUUCAGAGAAAAGAUGGCUCAAAAAGGCAUACCCACCAGCUAUACAACUUGGGAGGUGCUUACGAGUGGUUAUAUGAAGCAUAAAAAGAUGAAUGAAGCUCUAGAUUCAUUCAAGAAAGCCGUUGAUAGUGUUAAGAAAUGGGAUCCUGAUGUAAAGAUGGUCCGGGAGAUGUUUAGUAUACUCGAAGAGCAAGGAAACGUUGAAUUGGCGGAGGAUUUGCUUGUUACCCUUCGUUGCGCUGGCCAUGUGAACACGGAGAUAUAUAACUUGCUUCUGCGAACCUACAUGAAAGCCGGAAAAAUGCCACUCAUUGUUGCUGAGAGGAUGAAGAAAGACAACGUGAGAAUGGAUACAGAGACCCAAGAGCUCGUUAAAUUAACGAGCAAGAUGUGUGUAGCUGAAGUUCCUAACCAUCUUUCUUAGGAACAACAUUUCCGUUCUCGUAUCAUACAGACUGAUUCCUGAUCAACAGAGGCUAGACUUUUGUUUACUGCGCACAAGGAGCCUCCCUCAUUUUGAGAGGUUGCUCUCACACUGCUGCUGGCAACCAAAGAACAGAUGAAUCCAGGUUUUGGUAGGUCAUGGUGGUUAAGAAGAAUGACAUGGAACAGGUUCAUAUUUGGCACCACUAUUGUUCAUCUCUUUCUGUUAGCAGUUGACUAGAAUUGAAGCCAUUAAAAUAGAAUAAAUUUGCUGAGAAAAAGGGCAAAGAUUAUGUGAUUAGUAACUGCAACAACUAUGAUGGAAGGUGGGGUUUACCAAACCCAACCCAACCUAACCUAACCUAUCCACAUAAUCUCCCACCAUGCAUUUUUACAUGGUUCCUAAUGUCACUUUAUCUUUUUGGAAUUA